GGUUGGCACAGUCGAAAUCGAGGGAGGAAACUCGGACGAUUAUUUUUGACGGUAUCGUCUCCAAAGUGCGUUCUAGUCUCCAUCUCCCUGCCGAUCAGCCUGUCCUGGAACCCACGGCACUGGUAGAUCUGGGAUUGGACUCGUUGAUCGCGGUGGACAUCCGGACGUGGACCAUGAAGGAGUUGGGGGUGGACGUGCCCGUGUUGAAGCUGUUGGCGGGGAUCACCGUGGAAGAGAUUGUCCGCGAGGCAAUGUCGGAGUUGGGCGAUGUCACUCACGCAAAUUAACAAACAGUAAUUUAUGGCCAUCGAUACAAGAGCGAAUAUAUUUAUAGACGUCGCUCUGAGUCUGGGCAUAACGUAUUUAGUGAGCCAUAUAGGCCAAUGCAGGAAGGACUAUAAGGGCGUUUCCAACCUAUAUCCAGAGGGGGCAGAUUGCCUUGAACAUUCCCAUUCAAGUUAAAAAUUCCGAUUUGGAAUUGGUAUUAGGACAGUGAUUGCAGGCUUAACUUACGGGAGAGAACACCAACUACUCACUAACUAUGCCCUUAUUCUAUUCUCUCGACAGCCUAGAUAUAUGUAUUGUACAGCGCACCUUGAAUGCUGAUUGCGGGUGUUAUGAAUUUACUAUCUCUGCUAGCUAACCCAUUUGUCUACCAAAACGAUGAGAUCUGUGUUGUUGACCGAACUGGAUUGGUCGAAGCAUUACGGGUGUCGCCAUUGGCAUAGCUGUUAGAGGCU